UCGAGUUUACAAUCAUGACGAAGGUGCGCAGAAAUUGUUCUGUUGAUGAACUGCUCACUUAUGGGAGGCAGUUCAUGUCAUUCUAUGGUUCGUGUCCAAACACAUUUGGUGGUCUUGCACGCCUCACGCUAGAGAAUUUGAGGUUGGGUGAAUCAGACUUCCCCAAAAUUUUCAGUAUUUACAAUCAACUGGAGUUCCUCCGUCUCCAACAGUGUGAUGCGGGGAAUAUGUCUUUGCUGGAAGUGGAACACGAACAGCUCCGUGAAUUACUGAUUUUUUGUAGCAGUAUUAAGAGGGUUGAUCUGAAGUGUGUACCAAAGCUCACAAUUCUGAAAUUUAAUGCUUUUAUGUCUCCAGAAGACCCCUUCUGUCUGGGCUAUGUCCCACUGCUUCAGACUGUGACCAUCAUUAAUACUGGUCUUUCGCAGCACAAGAUGCUCAAGUUAAGCGAGUUGCUGGGUAAGACCGCCAUAAGCAUCCUCCAUUUGAACUUCAAAUGUGAAAAGAUUUGGGUGAAACCAGAAGGUCGAAAGCAAUUGCUACCGGUGUUCCACAAACUAAGGCUUGUGAAUUUGAUCAACAUUUCUGAAGAAUGUGAUUUGACUUGGACGAUGUUCAUACUCCAAGGUGCACCCGCCCUUAAGGAACUAUGCAUCAUGGUGAGGGAUCAUUUAUGUGAAGUGACAACCGGGGAGGUGAGGAAGAGGUUUACGUAUAGCGAGAAGAAGGACAAAGGACUAGAGUGGGAACCAUCUUCCCCUGAUUUCAAGCACCACAAUCUGGCUGAGCUCAGGAUCUAUGGGUUUCAGGCAGAAGACAAAUUCAUGAGGUAUGCCAGAAAUGUCAUGGAGGCAGCGGUGAACCUGGAGGCCAUGAACCUAUAUAGAAAUCCAGGGUGUGAUAAGUGCAAGCACACGCUUCCAGGUCAGUGGACAUGGACGGAGAUGUUGUUGAUCAGAGACAAAAUCAACAACGGGAUGUCGUCACAUGCCAGGAUUCACUUCCCGAGCUGAGGGCAAGUUUUUUUCUUAAGAGAGAUAUGGCUCGCGUCUAGAAUUCUGGCAAAUGGAAAUUGCCAAUGUUUGUUAUUUGUGAUAAAUGCUUGCACCUUGUUCUCGUUUCAAAUUGUAUUAUACUGAGCACUGCACUGGUGACAAAGCGUGUUAUAGCCGAAAGAACAUUUCGU